AUGUCCGCACCAUCUAUUCAAAGCAAAAGCAGCCAUGAAGAGGCCUCAUCGCUCGACCAAGACGAGAUUCAGCUGCAAAGCCUCGGAUACAAGCAGCAACUUCACCGGAGCUGGCACUUGAUCGAAAGUUUUGCAGCAAGUUUCUGUGCUUUGAACUUCAUUGGAGGUGUAAGAUCUGCACUCUUCUUGGGACUACUCGCUGGGGGACCGGCUGCGAUAUGGUCGUCAUACGUCAUCAGUAUGGUGUUCAUGUUCAUCACUGCUGCCGUUCUGGCCGAGAUCUGUUCUGCCUUACCUUUGAGCGGGUCGAUCUACAUCUGGGCCGCCGAAAGUGCUGGUCCAAAAUAUGCCAGAUUUUUUGGCUUUGUUGUUGCUUGGUGGUCGACAACCGCUUGGAUGACAUUCACUGCCAGCAAUUGUCAGACCACCGCAAACUAUAUCGUGUCACAGCUUGCGGUUUGGGAGGUCGACUACCCGGGAGGCGUUGGCAACGACAACAUCAAAUGGCGCGCCUUGAUUUGGGCAAUUUCUGAGGCGAUGUUGGUGAUAUCCAUCGCCAUUAACUACUUGCCUCCUCGAUGGUACUCCAAGGUUUUCAAAUUCUCCGUUGGGUUGAUGAUGGUCGACUUUUUCCUAUGUUUAAUCUGGCUUCCCAUUGCUACGCAUAAUACAUACGGCUUCCGUUCGGCCAAGGACGUCUUUACUAUGACGUACAAUGGAACUGGGGCCCCCGCAGGGUGGAAUUGGAUACUGUCAUUCCUGUUCACUGCUGGCACGAUGACUGGCUUUGAUGCUUCUGGUCAUAUCGCUGAGGAGACGAAGAACGCUAGCGUUGUCGCCGGCCGCGGCAUAUUGUCAAGUGUUAUAGCCACUGGCGUCCUUGGUUUCAUCACGACCAUUCUUUUCCUGUUCUGCACGCCGGACCUCGACACAGUAUUCGCUCUUGAUGCUCCUCAGCCCUUCGUCCAAAUAUAUGCAUUAGCUCUUGGCAAAAAAUCCAGUAUCUUCAUGACCGUCAUCGCUGUUUUGGGAUUGAUCAUGAACACAAGUAUUGCUGUCGUGGCAGCCUCAAGGCUCAUCUUUGCCGUCGCUCGUGACGGUGUGCUUCCCAUGUCGCACUGGAUUGGACGCGUCAAUGCAAAUGGACAGCCGCAGAACGCGGUGACCGUCAUGUUCGUCUUUGGGGCUGUCUUGCUGUGCACAAUUCUUCCCAGUCAAGUCGCAUUUACGUCCCUCGUCUCCGCCGGGGGGGUGCCCACAAUUGCUGCAUACGGCCUGAUCGGCUUGCUCCGCCUUACAAUGACCCCGCACAUGUUCAAGUCAUCGCACUUUUACCUUGGAAAGUUCGCGAUGCCGAUGUACUUGGCCACUGCGUUGUUCAACGGGCUCAUAUUUGCUGUUAUGAUCUCUCCCUUUUUCUUCCCCGUCGAUGCCGAAUCGUUCAACUUCGCCUGCGUCAUCUUCGGCACGGUCACCGUCUUCGCGGUCUUGUCCUGGUACUUCACUCCUGCCGAGAAAUGGCUGCGCCAGGAGCAGAUCCUGCAGGCCUUGCAUUCUGCGGAAACACCAACUGCCGAUGCACACACGAACUGA